GAAGUUCUUUCUGGAGUCGUGGUCAUAACAAGUAAGGACACAGUCCAGCACCAAGGUAUCUCGUUAACGAUGGAAGGAUCAGUAAAUCUGCAGCUUAGUGCCAAAAGUGUGGGGGUGUUCGAGGCUUUCUAUAACUCUGUCAAGCCUAUUCAGAUUAUUAACAGCACCAUUGAAAUGGUAAAACCAGGUAAACUUCCCAGUGGCAAGACAGAAAUCCCAUUUGAAUUUCCUUUGCAUAUGAAGGGGAACAAAGUUCUGUACGAGACCUAUCAUGGUGUCUUUGUUAAUAUUCAGUAUACCCUGCGGUGUGAUAUGCGACGUUCUCUGCUGGCAAAAGACCUAACUAAGACUUGUGAAUUCAUUGUCCACUCACUGUCACAGAAAGGGAAACUGAUGCCAAGCCCAGUAGACUUCACCAUUACUCCUGAAACUUUGCAAAAUGUUAAAGAGAGAGCUUCACUUCCAAAAUUUCUCAUCAGAGGUCAUCUCAGCUCUACCAACUGUAUCAUUACCCAGCCGCUGACCGGGGAGCUGGUAGUGGAGAAUGCUGAGGCUGCAGUCAAAAGUAUUGAGCUGCAGUUAGUCCGUGUGGAAACCUGUGGGUGUGCAGAAGGUUACGCCAGAGACGCCACAGAGAUACAGAACAUUCAGAUUGCCGACGGGGACGUCUGCAGGGGCCUGCCCAUUCCUAUAUACAUGGUGUUUCCCAGGUUGUUCACCUGCCCUACCUUGGAAACGACAAACUUCAAAGUCGAGUUUGAAGUGAACAUUGUUGUCCUUCUGCAUGACGAUCAUCUCAUCACAGAGAACUUUCCGCUGAAGCUCUGCAGGAUGUAAAUGGCCAGAGGAGAAAUCACUUCAGGAUUUACUGAAAAAGGACAGAAUUUGUCAGAGGCGAAGUAAAAUUUGAU